GCUUUCUCUCUGUAACACUCUCUCUCUCUCCCCUAUCGCUCUCUCUCCCCCUCUCUCUUUCCCACACCAAAUUCAACUCAAACACGGUUGAUCUGAGGGAGCUGGCGGCGGCGAGGUACGGACGGCGCGAUCUGAAGAAUUCAGGCGGCAGCGCUACUUCAGGAGCUAGGGCACGACGGCGGCACGAUUUCAGGCACUAGAGCACGACGACUUCAAGCUCUAGGGCAAAACGACUUCAGGUGGCAGCGCAACUUUAUGAGCAAGGUAAUGUAGGCGGCGCGACUUCAGGUGCGCCGGGCAUGUUAGAAGCUGAAAGGAAUAGAGUUUUUCGUCGUGCAUCAUCCUCAUGGGAAGAGGAUGCUGACAUGAAAACACUCGAACCUCUGCCCUUGCAUCAUCGCCAAAUGACUGGAGCAAGCUUACAGUUGCAGUUACAGAGGGCAGCAAAACUAUUAGACACUGGGGCUGCUAGGGCAACAAGAUUCUUGUGGCGGUAUCCGACAGACCGCAUCAUCCUGCUGUUCUAUCUGGUUUUUGUGCAUCUCUUUUUGAUGUACCUCUUACAUCGCCUUCAGGAACAAGCUGAUAAUAAUACACCUAAUGAAGUCGAAGAAUCUAUGAGAUUAUUUAACAGGACAUCACGUUGAGCUGCCGCCUUGCUGGGAUGUCGAUGCCAAGAAUUCACCGUCGUCUAGAUAUCUAAUGGUGAUUAUUCUGACACUAAACGAGCUUUUGUCACUAACAGGAAUUGCUCAACAUGGAAGUUUCGACUUUGGGCUAAUUCUCCACUAAUAAGAUGUAUAUGAAUUUGUGUGAUUUCUGAUAGUUAUGAUGUAUUCUUUGAACGCUUGACUAUAUAUCCAUCCUUAUAUAUGAAUUGGAAAUUUAACCCAUUGCAUUUCUUGGGGGUUUUCCAAUUUAUGUUGAAGAAGCACGACAUGUAUAUGUAUAUAUAUACAGCCUCAAAUGUAUUAGUGAAAGUAAAAACAUUUAGUUGUGGACAAAUGAAGAGAUUUGGUUUCUUGCA